GAAGAGUGUUCAGCGGACGCAUGGUGAUGACGUAGCAGCAGGAAAAUGGAGAGAAAACACAUGUCAGCUUUUGCUUUGUAUCAAACUCUUUCUGUAGAGGCGCCUCCUCCUGCUAAGAAGCCUUCCCUGCAGGUGUCAGUAAAGAAGAAAAAGAAGAAGGAGAAUGGUGUGAGCAAGGUAAACAAACCUCAGGUAAAGCCUGAAGUGAAGAAAAAGCGAAAGAAGCUCCAGAAGACAGUUCAAAGAGAGGAGAGCUGUGAGGAUAUAGCAGAGUUGCAGGAGGAUGAGGAGGAGUGUGUAAAUGGAGAUGGUGAAGCCCUGGAGGAGGUUCUUGCUGACCUUUCAAAAAUAAACAACAGCAGAGAGAGAGCGAGCAAGCUGUUUCAGUGGCUCAUCAGUCCUAUCCCUGCAAAGACCUUCUUUAAGGAAACAUGGGAGAAGAAGCCCAUUCUCGUGCAGCGUAAGAAUCCACAUUACUACAAAGGACUGUUCUCCACAGCAGAGUUUGAUCGCAUAUUGAGACAGGAGGAUGUCCAGUAUGGAGUGAACCUGGAUGUGACAAGCUACACAAAUGGCAAAAGAGAGACGCACAGUCCUCCAGGAAGAGCUCUGCCUUUCACUGUGUGGGAUUUCUAUGAGAGUGGCUGCUCGCUCCGCAUGCUCAACCCUCAGGCUUUCUCCUCCACUGUGUGGAGCGUGCUCUCCAUCCUUCAGGAGCAGUUUGGCAGCAUGGCAGGGGCCAACAUAUAUCUGACACCACCUGGAACACAAGGCUUUGCUCCUCAUUAUGACGACAUUGAGGCAUUUGUGGUUCAGCUGGAGGGAAAAAAACACUGGAGAGUGUACUACCCCAGGACAGAAGAUGAGGUCCUGCCAGUGCUUUCAAGUCCAAACUUUGAUCAGGCAGAGAUUGGGAAGCCGAUCCUAGAAGUGGUUCUGGAGGCCGGGGAUCUCCUCUACUUCCCCCGUGGAUUCAUCCACCAAGGCGACUGCCUUCCAGAUGCUCACUCCCUCCACAUCACCGUCUCCUCUUACCAGAAGAACAGCUGGGGGGAUCUGCUGCAGAAGUUGGUCCCAGCAGCGUUAGAAGUGGCCAUGGAGGAGGAUGUGGAGUUCAGACAGGGUUUACCUCUGGACUACCUGACUUACAUGGGAGUCCAAAACUCUGACAAGGAUGACCCACGCAGGAAUAAGUUCUUCUCCCGCAUUGAGACUCUGAUGAAGAAGCUAACAAAUUACGCUCCUGUUGACGCUGCAGUGGAUCAGAAAGCUCGAGACUUCUUGCACGACUGUCUUCCACCUUUGCUUACUCCAGAUGAGCUGUCCAGCAGUGUGCUGGGAGCACCUGCUAGGUGGGAGCGUGGGCAGGCUAAGGAUGUGGGAACACAAAUCACUAGCCAGACCAGAGUCAGACUUUUACGUGCUGGAUGUGCCAGGUUAUGCAGCGAUGGAGAAGCUGUUCAUCUUUUCUACACAACUGACAACUCCAGAGUUUACCACAAAGAGGAGCCCAAGAGUUUUGAAAUAAAAGCAGAGCACACGGAUGCCGUGGAGUUUCUGAUCCAUUCAUAUCCCAAAUUUGUGACUGUAGGAAGUUUCCCGUGUGAUUCUGCAGAAGACAGGAUCUCUUUGGCUGAGCUGCUUUUUGAAAGGGGGAUUAUCCACACAGCAGAGGCUCUGUAGUGACCACAGACUCUUUAGUCAUGCUGACUGCAUGAACAGAUUCAAAUUGCCUCUGAACAACAUAUGAUGCUAAAUGCAAAACAUGUCUUGUUCCAUGUAGUCUUCUUUUGCUCUACUGUCAAAUGACCUGUUUAAAAAACCUGCAGGUUAAAGCAUCAAAUAAACAUUUUUUAAUGAAAAA